CUUUCUCCUCCCUGUGCUUUGUGCCUGUUCACCCUGGCUGAGUCUGUCUGUCUGUCUGUCUGUCUGUCCCCGCAGCUGGACCUGGCGGAUCUGCAGAAGGAGCUGCAGAAGAGCCGCAGUGUGUUCCCUGAGAACCCCUCGGUGUGGGUGAAGGACCUGGCAGGGUACCUCAACUACAAGCUGCAGGCACCCAGGAGUGACCCCGUGCUGAGCCAGCACCCCCACGACUACCCGUACUGCCUGGUGAGCAAGGAGCUGAGGAGCAUCAUCCGCUCCCUGCUGGCCAAGGCCUCGGACUUCCUGGAGCUCUUCUUUGACCACUGCAUCUACACCAUGCUGCAGGAGCUGGACAAGGCCCAAGGGGAGUCCCUGCACGGCUACAGGAUCUGCAUCCAGGCCCUGCUGCUCUACAGGCCCCGGAUUGCCACCACCAACCUGGGCAAGUACCUGGAGGUGCUGCGCUCCCAGCAGAGCCGGCCGGCCAAGUGCCUGACCGUGCUCUGGGCGCUGGGGCAGGCUGGCUUCAGCGACCUCCACGAGGGCCUGAAAGUGUGGCUCGGCGUCAUGCUCCCGGUGCUCGGCAUCAAGUCCCUGUCUCCGUACGCCGUCUCCUACCUGGACCGGCUCCUGAUGAUGCACCCCAACCUCACCAAAGGCUUCGGCAUGAUCGGCCCCAAGGACUUCUUCCCCCUCCUGGACUUCGCCUUCAUGCCCAACAACUCGCUGUCCCCCAGCCUGCAGGAGCAGCUGCGGCGCCUGUACCCGCGGCUGAAGGUGCUGGCCCUGGGUGCCCGGCCCGAGGCUGCCCUGCACACCUACUUCCCCUCCUUCCUGUCCCGUGCCACACCUGCCUGCCCGCCCGCCAUGAAGGAGGAGCUCCUGACCUCCCUGAGCCAGUGCCUGAGCCUGGACCCCCUGAGCUUCAGCGUCUGGAGGCAGCUCUACACCAAACACCUCGCUCAGUCCAGUUUGCUGCUGAACCACCUCCUGGAGUCCUGGGAGAGCACCAGCAAGAAGGUGCAGCAGUCCCUGCAGGAAACGGUUCGCUCCUUCAAGGUGACAAAUGAGGAGCUGGCAGCCAGGGGGGCCGGAGGGGACACGGACGUGGCCGCCUGUGACACCGCCUGCAAGGAGCUGCUGCAGAGGAUGAAGGGCCGGGGCUUGCCCUGGUGGCGGCUGCUGCUGGUCCUGCUGGUGCUGGCUGCUGGCUUCCUCCUGCACGACGUGCAGACACACGGCUCCUUCCAGGCCUCCUCCUGUGCCCGGCUGCUCCGCUCCUCCGGCGUCCUGCCCGCCUCCCAGCUGGCCUGGCAGAAGGUGUCCCGUGCCUGCCUGCAGGGCUACAGGUGGCUGGAGCACAGCCUGGCCCAGCAGGGUUCCGUGGCCCUGUCUGUGCUGUGGCCACAGCUGGAGCUGCUCGGGAAGGCCAGCGGGGAGGUGGCCCGGGCUGUGUCCCAGCAGGGCUGCUCCCUGCUCUCCUGGCUCCAGGGCAGCCUGCCCUGGCUCAGCGACUGGCUGCAGAGCCGGCUCCCCGAGGCGCUGCUGCACCUGGCCGAGUGCGCGCGGGAGCUGCUGCAGUUCCUGCUGCACAGCUGCCUGCUGCCGCUGCUGCAGGGCCUGGCUGCCGUGCUGCAGCAGGGCUGGCAGCGCUGCCUCGACUCCUGCAGUGGGGACGUGACGUGGGAGUGUGUGAGGGACCACUUGAUGAGCUUCACCUAUUCCUCCUGGAUCUACCUGCAGAACGCCACCCUGGCCCUCAAGGACUGGGCCCUGGCCAUGAUUUCUGGGCACUGAGCUGCUCUCAGGGGGCACACCGUGUUCUGGCUGCCAGCAGCACCAGGGGGCAGCAGGACGUGGGCACAGGGCAGGGCCUGCAGGAACUUUGGGGAGGUUUAUUUCUCUGGGGGCCGGGCAGGCACACGUCCAGACACCCUGUGACCGCUCUGGCUUCCCCUGUCCCGCUGUCCCUGGGGGGGGGGGGUGGUCCCCAUCCCCUGGUGUUCUGCCUGCUUACAGGAUCCGGGGAGGACACCUGGAGCCCCUCACCUUCCCAGCCCUUCCCACCAAUGAAUGAACUGAUUUAUUUUAUUAUUUUUUCCUUA